AUGCAUGCGAUCGAUUUCAAGGAGAUGAAGGAGAAGGUCGCAGAGGGUUUCCUGCCCUGGCAACGGUCGUUUCAGUUCUGGGCUCGUGCCGCCGAUAUCUACACCGGAUACAAGUUAUUUCAACUCCGAGUCAGCUUCGUCAAGGAUGUCAAAAUGCAGGAGGAUCUGUGGGAGAGACAACAUGAACUUGCUGCUCUCAAAAUUUACUCUAUGUGCUCUGACCUUGGUGGCUUCUUCCUUAAGAUUGCACAAAUUCUUGGUAAACCUGACAUGGCUCCAGCUGCCUGGGUCAGAAAACUCGUUACUUUAUGUGAUCAAGCUCCUGCAACACCAUUCCAUGCGGUCCGACUUGUCUUAGAGAAAGAGUUAGGUAAAAGCAUUGAUCAAGUGUUUGAAACAUUUGAUGAUAAGCCUCUUGGGUCUGCUUCCAUCGCUCAGGUUCAUCGAGCAAGAGUAAAGGGUGACAAGAGGGAUGUUGUUGUUAAGGUCCAACAUCCGGGCGUUGAAAAACUGAUGAUGACCGAUAUAAGAAACUUGCAAGUCUUUGCAUUAUACAUGCAGAAAACAGAUAUCAAUUUUGACUUGUUCUCCGUAACAAAGGAAAUCGAGAAGCAGAUUGGGUAUGAAUUCGACUUCCAAAGGGAGGCCAAUGCAAUGGAAAAGAUCAGACGUUUUCUUUAUGAUAACAACAAAAAGAGUCCUGUUCUGGUUCCCAGGGUGCUGCGACAUUUGGUGACAAGGAGGGUUCUGGUUAUGGAAUACAUUAAUGGAAUCCCGAUCUUGAGCCUCGGCGAUGAGAUGGCCAAAAGAGGGAUAAAUCCUCGUGGCAAAUUGGCAGAGUCAGCAAAAUGCAAUAUACUUAGCAGUUUGUCCCAAGCAUAUGGCCAAAUGAUACUGAAGAGUGGUUUCUUUCAUGCGGAUCCACAUCCAGGGAAUAUCUUGAUUUGUAAAGGUUCAGAGGUUGCACUGUUGGACUAUGGUCAAGUGAAGGAACUCCCUGACCCCCUGAGGCUUGGUUAUGCAAAUUUGGUCAUUGCCAUCGCUGAUAAUAAUGCCUCACUGGCAUCACAGAGCUUUAGGGAACUUGGUAUAGCUACAGUUGCCAAGUGUGAGAAUGAGCAACAAGAACUUCUCCAGCUAGCAAAAACAAUGUUCGACACAAAGAUGCCUCCUGGGAAAGCAGUUUUGCAACCUUUCUCGGAAGAUUCUUCGAUCAAAAAGGUUUCUGUCGAGGCAUUUCCAGAGGAACUUUUCUCUGUUCUUCGCACAAUAAUUCUGUUAAGAGGACUCAGCGUAGGUAUCGGGCUCAACUACUCGUGUGCUCAACAGUGGAAGCCAAUUGCAAAAGAGGCUUUGCUUGCAUCUGGGAGACUCUCAACAGGUAUUAAGCCGAAACGUCGAUGCAGCUCUCUGAGAAGGCUAUACCCAGGAGAUUAA